AUGUUUAGUUUCCUCUGCCGAACACUUCGUUUUUCGGCUCCCAAUAUUCAGAAUUCAUCCUGUUUUCUUGAAAAUGUGUCACUGGUUCUCAUCAGAGGCUUAUCAUCGUCCUCAAACAAGAUAUCAAACGCGGCGGACCAACAGCAACAACACUCUUUUACAGUGUCUUACCUUGUAAAUAAAUGUGGGUUGCCUCUCAAAACUGCUACCUCUGCAUCGCAAAUGGUACAUUUUGAAUCCUCAGAAGGGCCUGACUCGGUCCUGGCCUUUCUGAAAAACCAUGGAUUCUCUGAUACCCAGAUCGCCAAACUCAUCACGAGGCGGCCCAGGUUGGUUUGUUCUGACCCUGAGGAAACCCUUCUUCCCAAAAUUGAGUUUUUCAAUUCGAUAGGCAUUAGAGGUCCUGAUUUCACUAGGAUUCUCACUCAGAAUCCAAAUAUUUGGUUCCGGAGUGUAAAGAAACGAUUGGCUCCUUGUUAUGAUUUUAUCAAGAGUGUGGUUCUCUCGGAGGAUAAAGCGGUUACUACUUUGAAGGGAGCACCUAGGAUGCUUAUGUGUGAUAUGCAGACAAGUAUUGCUCCCAAUAUUGCGUUGUUGAGAAAGUUUGGAGUGAGUCAAUCGACUUUGUUGUUUUUAGUGACUGGUUUUCCCAAUUUACUGCUGCGGACAAGCGCCAAGUUUGAAAAACAUGUCAGGGAAGUUCUUGACAUGGGAUUCGACCCGAAGAAAUCAGAAUUUGUUCAUGCACUGAGAGUGUUUGCUGGAAUAAGUAAGUUGAGUCGGGAACGUAAAAUGGCGGUUUAUAGCAGGUUUGGUUGGUCGGACCAUGAGAUUCUGUCGGUCUUAAAAACGCAUCCCAUGUGUUUGAUGUUAUCGGAAAAGAAAAUAAUGGAUGGGUUGGAUUUCCUGAUGAAUAAAAUGGGUUGGCAGCGGAAGGCUGUUGCAAGAGUUCCUUUGGUUCUUUGUUAUAGUUUGAAUAAGAGGGUGAUUCCGAGAUGUGCAGUUGUGCAAGUUCUGCAGUCAGAGGGUUUGUUAAAGGAGGCAGAUUUUUAUUUAUCUAGUGUGUUGAUACCUUCUGAGAAGGUCUUCUUGGCCAGGUUUGUCAUCAAAUAUGAAGAACAAGUUCCUCAGCUGUUGAAUGUCUAUAAAGGGAAAUUGGGUCUUCCGGAGCUAGGCUUUGGGUCUGAGGGAAUGAAGCAGUUGUAG